AUGAGGCCUCUACUGAGGCUAAUCCACCAGAAAGGAGCUUCAACAUUUGCUAUAACAGCUCGGCGUACCCUGACCACUCGCUCCACCACCCUGCAUCAGUCACGCGCUCUAAUCAGAUCAUCCAUCUCACAGUGCCGGAGGUCAUCAUUACAGCAGUCCUUCAGAAGAUCAUAUGCCGACACGAAACCGCAAAAGUACUUCAGAAGAAGUAGGAUAACUCUAAGAUGGUUAUGGAGGGCAGUUUACCUGGGAGCGAUUGGCAGCUUUGGAUAUCUGGGCUACACUAUCUACCUGCUACGGACGCCUUCAGAGCAGCUCGAGGCCGAUCCUACGAAGAAAACUUUAGUCAUUCUAGGCACUGGAUGGGGCGCCGUAUCUCUGCUCAAAAACAUAGACACUGAGAACUACAAUGUCAUCGUCAUCUCCCCGCGAAAUUAUUUCCUCUUCACCCCCUUACUCCCAUCGUGUACGACCGGAACCAUAGAGCAUCGAUCCAUCAUGGAGCCAAUCCGGAACAUACUGCGGCACAAGCAAGCUACGGUCAAAUACUACGAAGCUGAAGCUACCAAGGUCGACUAUGCAAAAAAAGUCGUUUACAUAAACGAUGAGUCUGAGAUCAAGGGUGACGUGAUGUCCACAGAAGUGCCAUUCGAUAUGCUAGUUGUUGGGGUGGGUGCGGAAAAUGCUACCUUCGGUAUACCAGGCGUCAGGGAACAUUCAUGCUUUUUGAAAGAAGUCGGCGAUGCGCAGCAGAUCCGCAAGAGGAUCAUGGACUGCGUUGAGACUGCCAGCUUCAAAGACCAAUCACCUGAGGAGCGAAAACGCCUGCUACAUAUGGUUGUUGUGGGAGGCGGCCCAACAGGCGUCGAAUUUGCUGGGGAAUUGCAAGACUUCUUUGAGCAAGAUCUUAAGAAAUGGGUACCCGAGAUCGUCGAUAACUUUCACGUCACCCUAGUCGAAGCCCUGCCUAACGUCCUUCCUAUGUUCUCCAAGCAGCUGAUCGAUUAUACCGAGAAGUCCUUCAAGGAGGAAUCCAUCACAAUCCGCACUAAGACCAUGGUCAAGAAUGUCACCGACAAGACCAUUGAAGCCGAAUAUACCAAGCCCGAUGGCACAAAAGAGAAGGAGAUCAUGCCGUAUGGCUUGCUGGUGUGGGCUACUGGCAAUGCACUUCGCCCUGUUGUCAAAGAUCUCAUGUCCCAGAUCCCGGCGCAGAAGGACUCACGCCGUGGCCUCGCAGUGAACGAAUAUCUUGUUGUCAACGGAACCGAGAACGUCUGGGCUGUCGGCGACUGCGCCAUCGCUAAUUACGCUCCCACCGCCCAAGUCGCCUCCCAAGAAGGAGCCUUCCUAGCCCGCCUCUUCAACUCCCUCGCCAAAACCGACACCAUCAACAAUGAGCUUGCAAGCUUAUCUGAAGCGCAAGCCAAGGCUGCCGGGGAUCAACGCACACAGAUCUUCGACCAGAUCAAAACGCUGCAGAAAUCAUUGAGACGCGUGAAACAGAUUGGGCCGUUUGAGUACAGUCACCAGGGCAGUCUGGCGUACAUUGGGCACGACAAGGCGGUAGCGGAUAUCAGCUGGUUGAGUGGGAACUUUGCGAGCGGUGGAACAAUCACUUACUGGUUCUGGAAAAGUGCCUACGUGAACAUGUGCUUUAGCUGGAGGAACCGACUGCUAGUCUGCGUGGACUGGGUCAAGUCGUCUCUUUUCGGUAGAGACGUCAGUAGGGAAUGA